AUGUCUAUACCGUCAAACUCCACAGGACCCUCGUCACAGGGAGACCUCAAGCAUUCUUUAGAAGCGCUCGCGAAAUUCAACACCACAUCUGCCCAUGAAGACAUCAACACAGCCAUCGAACACGCAAAAGCUUCCGUCGAGGACCCGUCCAGACAAGGAGGGGACAAAGCAGGGGCUCUCUGCGUUCUCGCUUCCUGCUACCAGCAACGAUAUCAGGCCUCUAAUGGUGGCUUUAAUGACUUAGACGAAGCCGUGAAUGCGAUAAAAGCUGCUGUGAAUAUCACCAUCCGUCAACCGCAUGUGGCAGGCGCACAGGUGUACUUUAUAAAUCUAGAGCGCAUCCUCUGCUUUCGAUAUCGUGAGAGGAAAGGAAAAAUGCCAAUCGAAGAUUCCAUCGAAAUCGUCGCCCCAAUGCUCGAUCUCAUCCAGACAGGUAGCCCGGGUCAUGCGUUUCUGCUGAAGAUCCUGUCUGCCUUGCACAGUGCUGGGUACGAGCAUACAAAGGACUCAAAAUACCUAGAUGAAGCAAUCGGUGUGGCACAGCGUGCAGUUUCCGACGCGCCAGUAGAGCACCCUCUCGGAAGGGCCCUACGUACGGAAUUGGCCCAAUCACUCGACAAGCGGUUCGAAAAAACGCAGCUCAUCUCAGAUCUAGACAGCUUCAUCGGUAUCUUUGAAUCGUUACUCGCUGUCUCAGACAGUGAUGGAGAAAAGUUCGAGCCCGCCCACGAGCUCGCGGCUGCAUUCGAACGCCGCUAUAAGCUGACGAGCUCCCCAGAAGAUAUAGCAAAAGCGGUUGAAUAUGGAACCAGUGCUGUGGAAUUCGCACCGACGACGCCCCUAAAAGGCCAUCCAAUUUCUGCGAGGGACAUAGCAUAUCAUAAUUUGCGGAUACACGCCAAAGCAUACUUCAGCAAGACAGGCAAUGUACCGCAACCCAAAAAUGGUGUCCUCGAAAGGGGCCACAUUGUCCAGAUGCUUGUCAAAAAGAACGCGAAGGAUAAGGCGCAACAGCUAUUAGGUGUCGCCCGCGCCUUUCAGAGGCUCUAUGAAACGACCAACGCCAUUCCCGACAUCGAAGAGGCGCUUCGUCUUACGAUGGCCGCGAUGCAGGAAACGGAUGACUCGCAUGCGGAGUGGGAAGCCAUGCAGGAUAGUUUCAGGGUUCAGUUCCGACUAUGGUCGGAACAUACGGGCAAGAUGUCUGAUUUCGAUACAGUUGUCAUGGCCUUUGAGCGGAACGGUGGCACCUACAUCCCACCUGGUCUUGUGGGAGAUCUGGAGUUGAAGGUCCCAUAUAUGAUAUAUGGUGGUGAGCUGCCUGUAGAAUAG